AUGAGUUCUGUAGCCCCCCUGAUUUUCCUCCUGACAGAAGACCGUGCCAGACACUGCUCGACAACGCAGGCACCGCUGAGCUCUAACAGACCGUCCUGUCAGACUUCUCUUCAUCUUUUGUCUUCAGUUUGACACUUUCAUGCACUUUUACGCCGCCCCUGCACAUGCGCGCGCCGCUGCACAGUUCUUCAUACUUUGGUGAAAACAAGACGCUUCCCCGCGUGCUGUCCGCGCUCGAGCCCCCCUCAGUCAAGCAGCAGCUCUUUUUUCAACAAGAGGAGAUUCAGUUCUUUCACAAAUCAUCAUGGAGACCAACCCUAUACCCGUGCUGACGGUUCAGACGACCCCUUUCGAUGACCAGAGACCCGGGACUAACGGGCUGAGGAAGAAAACGGCCGUGUUUGAGAGCAAAAAGAACUACCUCCAGAAUUACAUUCAGAGCGUCCUGUCCUCCAUCGACCUGAGGGACCGUCAGGGAUGUACCAUGGUUGUAGGCAGCGACGGAAGAUACUUCAGCCGAGCAGCUACUGAAGUUAUCGUACAGAUGUCUGCUGCCAAUGGGAUAGGGCGAUUAGUGAUUGGACACAAUGGCAUCCUGUCCACGCCAGCGGUGUCCUGCAUCAUCAGGAAGAUAAAAGCCAUUGGUGGGAUCAUUCUCACAGCCAGUCACAACCCAGGAGGCCCAGCUGGAGACUUUGGCAUCAAAUUCAAUGUGGCUAAUGGAGGCCCUUCUCCAGAUACAGUGAUGGACAGGAUUUAUCAAGUAAGCCGCACUCUGGAGGAGUACGCCAUCUGCCCUGACCUGCACAUUGACCUGUCACGUCUGGGGCGCCAGGACUUCGACCUGGAGAACAAGUUCAAGCCCUUCCGAGUUGAAAUCGUGGAUUCAGUUGAGAUCUACCUGAACAUGCUUCGUGGGAUCUUUGAUUUUGGUGCUAUUAAGAGUCUGCUGACAGGUCCAGAACAGCUAAAGAUCCGAAUAGAUGCAAUGAAUGGAGUGAUGGGGCCCUACGUGAGGAGAAUUUUGUGUGAUGAGCUUGGGGCACCUGCAAACUCUGCGGUAAACUGUGUUCCUUUGGAGGACUUUGGGGGCCAAUACCCCAACCCCAACCCUACAUUCGCUGUUUCACUGAUGGAUUCCAUGAAGGGCGGAGAGUUUGGUUUUGGUGCAGCGUUUGAUGCAGAUGGGGAUCGCUGUAUGAUCCUUGGUCAGAAUGGAUUCUUUGUGAACCCAUCAGAUUCGCUGGCAGUGAUGGCUGCCAACUUGUCCUGCGUCCCCUAUUUCAGGCAGGUGGGCAUUCGUGGUUUUGCCCGCAGCAUGCCCACUAGCACGGCCCUGGACAGAGUGGCCAAGGCCAUGAAGGUAGCUCUGUAUGAAACUCCUGCAGGCUGGAGGUUCUUUGGGAACCUGAUGGACUCGGGGAGGUGUUCUUUCUGUGGAGAAGAAAGCUUUGGAACUGGUUCAGACCACAUUCGAGAGAAGGAUGGCCUGUGGUCAGUACUAGUAUGGCUGUCCAUCAUAGCUGUACGUAAACAAGGGGUGGAGGAAAUAGUGCGGGACCACUGGGCCAAGCUAGGCCGCAACUAUUAUUGUAGGUUUGAUUAUGAGGGAGUAGAUCCCAGAGCAGCGUAUUACCUCAUGAGAGAUCUGGAGGCUGUAAUCACUGACAAGGCCUUUACGAAUCAGAAAUUUGCUGUGGGAAGCAACGUCUACAGUGUGGAGAAGACUGACAACUUUGAGUACAUUGACCCAGUGGAUGGGAGUGUUUCACGAAACCAGGGUCUGAGGAUCAUCUUCACAGACUCGUCCCGCAUUGUGUUCCGGCUAAGUGGUUCUGGAGCUGGAGUGGGGACUACCAUCCGCAUCUAUGCUGAGAGCUACGAGAGAGAUCCCGAGAGACAUAGUAGAGAGACGCAGGUUGUGCUGGGUCCCCUCAUUGCCAUCGCUCUAAAGAUUUCAGACAUCCACGAGCGGACGGGACGCAGGGGCCCCACUGUGAUCACCUGAGCUGGGCGCAGCGACGCACACCAGGGGCCAAAGCACCAGAAAGCCUUUCCUCUAGGAUCUGGUCUCCACCAUUUUCUUUACAGUCUUUCAUAACCUAGCCAUCACUUUCCCCAUCCUGCAGCCAUGACUGUGUACUUUUAGUCUGCAGAAUGUCUCACUGUCCUAUUUACACUGUUUAUGAUUCUGCUGCUGUUUCACAAACUAAACAACAUCUCUUUCUUUGUCUUUCUAUUUUUAUCACUCCUUUAUUUCCAUGCCUCCUUUUCCCUUCAACUCUUUAGUCUCUCUAGCUCUCUCUUUAAGGAUUGACCUAUAUGUUGCACAGUUGUAUGUGAACCACAAAAAUAUCCAAAGGGAGCAGAAGGAUUACGGUAUAGUAUUUGCCCACAAUGCCUCUUUCACACUGCAUUUUUCAGCCAUGGUGUGCCAUUGGUCCAGAGUUCAUCAGAGCACUAUGAGGUGAAAGGAUUUCAGAAUUUUUUUCAAAUACUCUGUUUACACAUUCACCAUGAUUGCACUCAAACAUUUACUGCUGUUGUGUAUUACUUUAGUAUUUAUUAAAAUGUACUACUAUUGCCUAUAAACAUUUACCACUGAAAACAAUUAUGAUAAUAAUUAUGAUAAUGCCAAUAUGAUAAAGUGACCUGUCAUUUAGAGCUCUGUUUGUGAAUUUGAGGAUGGGUCUGCAAAGCCUCCCAUUAGUUUAGCAAAUGGAGUAGCAGAAUCUCCACUGCUGUUCCAAAACAAUCACACAGUGCACCUUUCAUUUUAAAGCGCAGCUUCAUAAGAAUGCAUUUCUAAAACAUUCAAGCGAAGAGUAAAAGUUUUGAGUGGUUGAUCAUGUAGUGUGAAAGGGGCAUUCUCAGUAAUGAUAAUGAUGUGCACAACUGCAGCCAACGGAUUGGAUCAGUUUGAUAUAUAUGAGGUCAAAAUAUUUAGGGAUGCACUAUAUCAGGAAAAAUAUCAAUUAUUUCACCAAAUCUAAGUUGAUGUAGUCCUAAUAUCUACAUUUUAUAAAUGUAGAAGUUUGAAAACCCUGGUCACAUUGCAUAUUUUGUUGAUUUUCUAACUGAAAAUAAGUCAACAUAUGCCAUGUGCCUUAUAAUUGACAGUCUAUUCAUUUAAAUUUUCUGCAGAGAAUUUUACAUAUUUUAACUUAGAAAAUCAACAAAACUAAUAAAAUCAUGCCCAAAUUUUUGUCAUCACCAUUGACAAAUAAAUGUGCAUGAAUGUGCAUCCUUAAAAAUAUUGGCAUAUCUCCCUGUAAAGUAACUAGUUGUUACUGGAAAACUGCAUUCAGUUGAUAUAAGGGAGCAAAUUCAUUCAGUCACUCCAUGUGUAUGAGCAUAUUUUAAUACAAUAUUAUAAGAAAUAUUGCAGAAUCUAGAAUUACGGUCCAAAAUGCAAAGUGUUGUGUAUGAAGCAUGUUUUUUUUGACGAUAUAUUACAGCUUGUGGCCUGCUAACACUGGUUUUGUUUUGCAAGUCUUUUUUAAAGACUACCACUACCACUUUUUGAAAUGUGAAGUCUUGAACAAUAGAACCAUCUUUACAGAUGGAAACUCCAAAUAAUCAUUACUUCUGAUCCAGUUUAGGAGAUUUAAGUUUAACAACCGGAAAGAAACAGAGUUCAAAUAGCAAUGCCAAUAUAUUUAAUUUUGUAUGCUAUGUUUUACUUAAAUAAACUGUCUUUUGUGUGACUUGGAA